AUGACUUACUACAUCUUGGAUGUAAAGCUUACCCUUUUCAAGUACACUUUUAUCCCCCUUUCAAUCGAGAUGCAGUGGAAGGGUAUACAUCGACAAACCAACAGAAAGGCACGCCCUACUGGUAGCUCGAGCUACGACGUCCACACUUUCCCUUACGCGAACUUGGAGGUGCUCUCGCAUGCUGACCCCCGAUUUGUCAUCUACCAGCUAGGAUCCAAGCUCGAUGCGCUUCGAAAAGAGCAUGGAGUCGGUUUUAAUGGUGUGUUCGAUAAGUGUCCAUACCUCCAACCUCACCGGGAGGCUCUGGUGAUAGCUUACAGAAUCUGGCAAGUGUGGGGAGUGACACCGAGAGAGGAGGAGCAUCCUGACUUUUUCGCCAAUCAAGGCGACGAGGAGGAGGAGUACGAAAGCGAAGCCGAGGAAUCUUCCAUAGAUAGCGAGGAGGACGACCCUUCCUAUGUUUUCUCGGGAGAGGAGGAGUCGGGAGAGGAGGAAUUGGGAGAGAAGGAGUCGGGAGGAGAGGAGGACGGGGAAGACGUUGUGAGUGUCGCAUCAACAGAGCCUGUGCGUAUUCCCACGAGGAAACGCAAACGUGGACGAAAUGUGACACCGACACAGGUAUCCCCUACCCCCAAGUCCGCGAGAAGGGGGCGAAGAGGGUAG